AGAUCCACUUUGCACACCAGACCAAGUGCUGCGCUCACUGCCUAGGUCCUGGUUGCCUACGGUACUGUGCGUUGCCAACCCCAAUCUCGCAGCCCCAGUCUUCCUACACUGGAACAAUGGAAACUUCACAAUUAGGCCAGUCAGAAGGACCUCCCUACCCCUCGUUUAAGGAGCUUGAAUACGAGGAAGUACGUGUCUUCCUCUCUCCCGCUACCGAGCGACUCUUUUGGGAGCUCGAUGGGGUCUUCCCUACCGCGAUAUCCGUUAUGAAGGACGAGCGCGGUACAAAGGAUGAUCUGGAACCAUUCUUCCGACCAGACACUGGCACGUGGCACGAGAUCUCGCAGCUUCCCGUCACCGAACCAAAGGUCUCGUCUCUUGAAGCUUCGGUCUACGAUCUCGAUCAAUUGGAGUACGAUUGGCUGCGUUGGCAUGAGGACCACGAUGCGCCCCAGUUCGGCCAAGAGUACGUCACCUACGGAGAUCUUGACGACGACAUCCGGCCUUACGCGAAGGAACCGAAGGAGGACGGCAGCUGGGAGGAGGACUCAGACACAGAGUUUCUCGUCAAGUGCUGUGGAGAGGAUAGACCGCUUCGUAAGAGUGGGCUGAAGUUGGUGGUCACGGCUUCUCAAUCAGCAGGCAGCGAGUCCUUUGUCACGAUCCGUGACUUCGUCAGCGCCGUUCAUCCCUGGCUCAUCAGCAUGCGCGGCGAUAUUCUUAGAGCGAAGGAUCUCUCACAUGAGAAUGCCCAUACACCGGCGGAGCGAUACAAAUGGAUGGUAAACGUAAAAAAACAUUGUGGGGGAGAACUCUUCAUACAAGAAAAGAAGGAGUGGAUUCAGGACCAUAUCCCGUAUGCGCAUCGUCCCGUGCAUCCUAUGACCCCCUCACUAGCGGCGAUACUUGCAGCGAGAGAUGCAUCGAGGAAUAGGUGAUUAAGUGGACAUUUCUAUUCUCUUGUUCAUCAUCACCUUCAACGAGGGCAUUCAAUACUAUGACUAAGGCUUCAGCCAUAAAGUAUGUAAUCAUUGAGGAACAUUUGAGACAAGCGCCAUCAUCUGCUUAGUUACACCUACUACUGAGCACAGUGAAUCAGUGAGCGGCCGUGGCAGACGCACAAUACGAGUUUCCAUAAGCAAUGACACUCGAAGCAGCAGCCGUCCCACAAGCGCCAUUCGCGCAAUCCCUCAAGCCAUAUCCAAAGUUAGCAUUCUCACAAAGACAAGAGGGCGCCGGACUAGCGCAACCCAGAGCCGAAUACUGAGCCACCAUGUUGUUGAAGCACGUCUGACCGCAGGAGGGCAGAGCAGCCACACCGGUGGUCGUGGCGAUGUGGGUAGCGAAAGCCGUGGAGCAAUAUGCAUCUCCGAAAGCGAUCACAGUACUGCCGACGGCAGUUCCACAGGCCCCGUUUGAGCAAUCCCGGAUGCCAUUCUUAAAGUCGACGUUAUUGCACAGACAGUAUCCGUCUAGAGCGGCACAUCCCAGGGUGGAAUAUUGAGCAAGCAUGUUGUUGAAGCACGUCUGGCCACAUGAGGGCAAAGCAGCUAGACCGGGAAUUGUAGUGCUAGGAGGUUUUGCGCUGAUAGUGGUUGCCGCGGUGCUUGAUCUGGAUGUCGUGGCCGAACUCGUUUUGGCAGCGGCGGUGGACACCGAGGCAGUGGUUUUAGGGCUGCCGGUGGAUGUUGGUUUGGUUGUGGUGGUUGAGGUUGAGGUUGAGGUUUUUGACGUGGUGGUGGUUGUCGAUGGAAAAGAUGGACUAGGGGAACAAUUUCCCAGUUGGCAUAAGCCGUACCCGCAAAACGAAGGGCCUGUACCGCAUUUUCCGGCUGCGUUGCAGCAAUCGCCCCAUACACCAGCACACAUCUUAUAUCCAUGCUCCCUGCCGCAAUUGCCGUCUGUGGUGUAGACAGAAUCUCCUACACAUGCGCCUUCGUAGCAGGUUCCGUCUGCACAGUCUUCUCUAAAUUUCGAACAGGGCAUCAGCUUGGUCAUGACCAUAUUGAUGACAAGGGGGGACUCACGGAGAGCUGCCGCAUUU